GCCCUAGGUAGGAGGUGUAGACUAGCGGGCUUGACAAGUGACCGUUUCUUUGGCAACCGUUGAAAGGAAGUCCAGCACCAGGCAGCCAGGUCCCCGCCACCAGCUUGGUGAACACCAUUGCCUUGCCUCCAUGGAGUCUGCAAUAAAGAUGUUACAGUUCUAUUAAUCCAGGCAGGUCCUCAGAUCACUCCAAAUCAUGUCAACCCAAGAAGAUACAGAGCCUGGUACGCCGGUCGCAGAGGAGCGCAGGAAGUGCCAACUAUUCUCAAAAGGAAAAGAAAACUCACAAUGCUGGAAGAAAGCUGCCCUCUUUUUCGGAUCCGUUGCUCUUUUGCUUCUAAUUGGCUUGGCGACAUCUCUCGGCAUUUUUCUGAGUAAAAGUGAGUGCAAGCCACCACCCCGUCGUGACAACUCCACCACCACGUAUUUAGGAUCGGCGUCUCCCGACACUCAGGUGACCUACGUGUGCCAGGUGCCACUGCUGUUUCCUGACAACUCGCCGACGUUCACCCUCACCUGCACAGACGACUUGCUCUGGCUGCCUCGAGACGUGCCCUCCUGUGGUAUAUACACCUCUCGAACCUGUCAUCUGCCCGAUCUAGGCCUCACCCUCACUGGCCGCCCUUCCACUGACGGACUGGAAAUAGAGAUCCAACUCCAAGGCGCAGUACCGCCAUCUUUGCAGGUGGACAUUCCUAUAUAUGACGACUCUAUGUGUGCCUAUGACCAGCUAGAGCAGGAACCGACUACGACUGCCUCACCAACAGGACGAGCCGCUGAUGUGGUGGUGGUGGUGAGCAGUUUUGUUGUGGUGGUUGUCUUCCAGAGCGUGGAUCCAUGGGCGCCAUACCAUGUGUGUCUGAGGAGUAUUGGCACGAAGUUAGCGGUGGCGGUGCUACAGGGAGACACUACGGCCACCAUCCUCACCUCCCUCCACGCCAACACGACCACGCCUGUCUCCACGGACACCACGGACACUGACAUUUCCACGCACCAUACUACCACUUCGAAGGCAACACACAGCACAGAGACGCAAGACACCACUGACGUCACCAGCACCGCAGACACCACCAUCUCAGGCACCACAUAAACUUCCAAUGUCUGUCAACUGCCUUAUAUAUGGAGAUGUCAAUUGCAAUAAUAUUCUGUUGUUGUUA